UCUCCAUCAACUUGCACAAUUCGAACUGAUAUAUUGCAUCUAUCAGUCUCCCAAGUCAGCUGAUUAGAAGGAAAACAGUUCUUUACAAUGCACCAGGCACUGCUCAUUCCAGAAGUCCUCCUAGAGAUAUUCUCGCAUGUGAUUGAGGAGCCAUCCGUGUUGCCCGCUGGUUUUAUAUCGUUGUCUCAGAAAUCCCUUGCAGCGCUUGCAACGACAUGCAAAACCUUUUACGAGCCCGCGAUGGACCUACUGUGGAAUGAAAUGGACAUGUCAGAGUCACUGCUAGGAUGUGUAACCAGACUACAUCCACUGAUGUAUCGCAGCGGUCGACUGCCAGUGUGGAACUGGGCGGUAGGCGUCAGACCCUUAUCAGUCGAUGAAGCCCAUCAACUUUUGCGUCACUCCGCCCGCAUUCGCUCGCUCAUAAUGCUGGCCAAUCGCCUUUUGCACCUUUUCUCAGACAUCCCUGUCAUGUUAUAUGACUUCCCGAGUCUAAUAUCGUUGACUAUUUCCACCAGAUAUCUGAAAUUCCUGCUGUCCAACACACUGCACCAUCAUCAUCUAGCGACUGCCAGUGAAGAUCUACCGCCUUUUGUGACCCGUUUUGCUGCGUUAGAGCGCUUAAGCGUUAUCACUCCUGAUACCAUCAAUGCAUUUGAUAGCACAGCAGAUGCGCUGUCCCGUAUUUCCGAUGUUGUCCGUUUGUGCAAGCAGCUUGUAACUCUGUCCUGUCCACUAUUCGACUGGGCAGCAUGGAGGCACAUCUCCAACCUAUCUACCCUUACCAGAGUGGAUGUUGGUGACACGCGCACUGACGCCACCCCUCCUUCACCGUUGGAACGGGAUAUCACCAAUUUUUCCCCAUUCAGUAACGUCACUGCUCUUUCCUUCCUACUGCACGGUGCUGCAUACGCUAUCACAGUCAUGCAACAUUCACAAUUCCCUUCGCUGAAAGAAUUCAAGCUAGAUGUCAGCGUUCUAUCUUCACUAGAGGCUGAGCAGCUUUUCCGUGCAUUGUCCAAAUGCAAAGCAUGCGAGACCCUAGAAAAAAUCAUCGUACAUUCCUCGCAUUACGAUCCCCAAACCAACUCGUUGUCAGUGAUUCCAUAUUUGCUUUGCUUCACACAGCUCCGGACCCUGAAUCUUGCAUGCUAUGAUUUCUGUAUCAACCUGGACGAUGACAUUCUCUUGGAAGCCGUGUCAGCUUGGCCGCACAUGCGCAAUCUCGAAAUAGAAGACUUGCGCUUUGAUUAUUCCCCCAUUACAUUCCGCGGAAUUUUUACAAUGCUCAGUCUAUGUCCACAAUUGGACACACUGCGUAUUUCAAUCGAUACCACGGCUGUCGAUAUCGAUCCUGAUGUUGAGCCAGCACAACAUACCUCCCUACGGAUAUUAGAGUUAAAAACAUUCGCGCAUCAAAUACCAAACGCUGAAACUCUCGCUCGCAUCAUUUUUUCCUAUCUUCCUCGUAUUAACGAAGUUGGCGGAUUCCUACAAAGUGGAUGGGAUGAAGUCAACAUGCAUCUCAAAUCUUUGAAAGAUGCUGCGCUACAUGCAACAGGAGCCGCCUCGAAUACUUGAGUUUGGGAUGUAUCGUUUAUGUCGAGUUGCUACAUUCAUUCAUGCUCGUUUCUUCGUAUCUGUCGUCAUUACAUCUGCUGUCGAUUCUGCACUAUGAUGGCCACUGUUUUGUCUCAUCCUACACUACCAUGACUGUACUAAGUUCUACCGAGCCCGGACCUCCAAUCCAUCACAACUCUUCAACAAGUCGAUCCGUUAGGCUCAGCUUGCAAUCGCACGUGUUUACCGCUGCGGGAAUAUGUUCUCGCGAAGAAAUGAUACAGGGAAACUUGUUCGGGUCAGCACGAAAGCAUUUUCAAAUCAGGCCUGUACGUAACUGACUUGAAACUGUUUGCUUAACCGAUCCUUGAUUGUGA